AUGAUGGUUCUUAGUGAAAAUGUUUAGACUGCUAACUUUGGAGUAGAAAAAAAUUAUAAAUGCCCAACCUCUUUUAAUGAAACAUUGCAAGGUAGUUACGCUUCUAAGGAAACUAGAUACUUUCAAUUAUUGAUUGGUGGUUGCAAUUAAGUUAUUCUUAACAAAACAAAGCCUAAUUUGAAAUGUGCCAAUGAUUCUGAUAUCAAGAAAAUAUUAGAUGAUGUAGAAUUGAACCUCUUAAUAUCUAACCAAUUUGUUGAUGUUAAUGAAAAAGAAGGGAAUCCCAUUAAAACUCUCAUUGAAAAUUAUUAUGCUACAAGCAAAUCUGAAUUAAAUUAGGCGAGUGUGAUAAGACUUGGAUAAAAUUUUCUAAUUAAGAAUUCAUCUCCUUUAUCAAACAGAAUCUCUUCGCAAAACAUAACUUACUACACCAUUUGA